CGCAUAUCAUGGUGACGUACAGGGAAUUUACAGGUAAAUGUGUACCUAAACAAACUUUUUAAAUACAAUGGCUGAUAGCAAGUCGACCACGUGUAAUUUUUCCAAGAUCUGUGGCCAAAAUGUCAAGGUUAAAGCAGACACUGCUGAAUGGAAACUUUCAUACUCUGGAGGAAGAUUAUUCACAUCUCAACCGAUCAUAGCCGGAAAAACAAUUAUUUUCAACCUCUUCGGCAGUGGACAUGUAGAAUUUGGCCUCUUUUGUGCAGAUCCCGAUCAACUUAUAAAUGUUUCUACCAUUGAAAACCGAAAUGAAUUCAAGUAUUUGCAGACCACCCGAGUACACAAAAUUGGUGGGAAAAUACACGUGAUCUGCUCAGAAGACGGCUCAAAAGUAACAUUCAGACGAGACAGUCAAGAAUGUUGUUCUAACAUAGAUGCUGAGAAACAGACGUGGAUUACAGCCAAUCUUUUGUUCGGAAACAUAACCGCUCAAAUAGAAAACUUAUAUAUGAGUUUCCACCGGGUAAAAGGAGAAAAUAUUAACUUAACAGACAACAAAUCUAAAGCCAAUUUAAAGACAGUCAACCCAUCAGCAGUCUGUUAUAUUCCACACCGACUUCAUACCAACGACCAAAUACAAUUACAUCUAACUCCAGUCAAAUUUGAUGACCGUCCACCUAGUGUAUAUUUUGUCAAAAUGGCGGUCAGUGAUUAUGACCCAGAAAUAUUCAUGAAAAAUUUGAAACCUAUCCACUGUUUGGAAGACCUUCCGGUCAAUAUUAUACCUGCAGAUGUUUGUUCUUCAGAAGGGGAUAUAAAUGUGAAAAUAUGUGACAAUAAAGUGAUUAUGAAACAAAGUAAUUUACCAGAAGUUGUUGCAAACACAGGAAUCGAUUUAACACAAGGCUUCUAUUGUUUGUUCGAGCUUUAUCGAGUAAAACUGUCGUGUCUUAGAAAUGGACCAGCUUUAGAGUCAAACAUUUCUUCACAAAUUAUGUCCAGUUCUAAUCUAAAUGGACUUUCACCUAGUAAUAUAACUGACGGAUUGGACCAAGAAGACAGUCAUGGGGUAAUAGGAACAAAAUCCGAAAGCGAGAAAGAGAAAUUUGAUCAAAUAUUUGAUAUAAUCGAAGUACUGGAAAGAGAACACUAUGAUAAGUUAGAGAUAAGAGAAGACUUUGAAUGCGUAAAAUGCAGAUUAACUGAAAUCAAAAAUAAAUUGACUUCACCGUCAAUAAUCCAUACUCAGAUUCCGGAAAGUGAAAUAGCGAUGAAAAUUAGAGAAAACUAUUCACGACUUUUGAUUUGUAUUGAUCCUUUGCCAUUGUCUGAUCAUCUUUUUCAGGAGAAUAUGAUAUCUUUUGAUAACCACCAGCACGUCCGAAACAAAUGGCAAGUAGACCCAACAAAUGCAAAACGAGACCUACUGGCAAUGUUGAUGGUCCGUAAAUUGGAAAAGCAAGUGCUAAGAAAAGUGUUGUCAAAUUGCAAACUGGAACAUGUUUAUGAUAUUCUUUUUCCAGAAGAUGCAAUGUAACACCAAUGUUUGUUGUAUAAAUGAGUUUUAUUACGACA